AUGAUAUCCGCACCAACAAAACAAAUACUUAGAGCCCAGCUACGCUCAUUUCCUGCAAAUGGACACUCUGCGUACCUCCCCCAGGUCAGAAAAGUAGUCCUAGAAUACUGCCAGAAGCUUCCUUCUUCCGCCAAUACUCGUACUUUCAUCUCAAAUGACCUCCAGCGCGUUGCAUGGCAGAACCCACACGUAGAAUUCGUCGUCAAGCAGCGCAAUGGUCAUGAGCCAAUAGCAAGGGGAUUAUAUGUCAAUGGCCGUGACAAGGUCAUUCCAUUGCAGGAAUUCGAAGUCAAUGGUGUGGAGAAGAAAGUUCAACUCCUACUUGAUUCCUCGGGUGCGAAGAUAAAACCGCUGAAGAAGGGCCGCGUUGUGGAGAGUACCACCGAAGCCGCAAGAGGAAUUUGGAGUGGACUGCAUGUCGACACCCCGUUCAAAAUAUAG